AUGAUUUUCAUAAAAUUAUUUGCUCGAAAAUUUUAACAACAAUCUAUGUUAAUUUCUUUAUUUUAUUAUAAAAAUAUUUUCAGCCCUCGCUCUUUGAAAGCGAUUGAUAAUCUUGGAUAUAAGUAGUAGGAAUUCUUGAUAAAGUAGAUAAAUGAAUUUGAAGAAGAAGCCAUUAAUUUUAAGGCUUAAUAGCAUUUAGAUCCUGAUAUUUACAUUAAAGAGAGAUAUUAAUAAUAUGAAAUGAAAAGACAAGAAAAAAUUAGAUUAGUUUCACAAGAAAGGAAUAAGAUCAUUAAAUAGGAGGAAAAAGAAAACGAGUAUAGGUCAAGAUAUUCUCAAACCUUCCAUAUUAAUAGUGGAUCUAAAACACAUAAUAUUUCAUUGACUUAAGAAUCAUUUUUAGAAAGAGGCUCAAAAGAACUUUGGCACAUUAAAAGCAAAAAUUAAAAGGAUAUUGAGUUUUUGUAUGAUAAAUAAAUGCUUUGGGAAGAAUUAGAAUAAAAAAACCUGCUAGCAGAGUAAAGGCUUCAAGAAAUCUAACUUAAUUAGUAAAUUAAACAGAAUCAAAAAUAAGUAAUUGAAUAGGAGAGAUAAAAAUCUAUUCAUUAAAAAAAAGAUACAGACUAAUAAAUAAGAUUAGCUGUAGCUAAAUAAAUAAUUGCAUAGUAAGAAAAAGAUGAUGCUAGAGUUAAAUCACUUUCUAGUGAAAAAUUAAAAUAAAUAAAUGAAAUAAAAUAGACAAAUGAAAUUAAAAGAUAACAAACUUAUGUUAAUAAACUUGAAAACCAGUACAAUAAUCAAAGGUGUAAAACUGAAAAUUACAACAGAAAAUCUAAGCAGGAGUUUAAGUAGGUGAUGGAAAAGAGAAAAUAAAUAGAAUUUGAAAGAUAACAAAAGAUCAUGUAAGCAGAAGAGGAAAGAUAAAAAAUAGAAGAAAAAAUUUAAUAGUUAAAAGCUGAAAAACAAAUAUACCUAAUGAUGUUAGAUGAAUAAAUAGGUGAAAAGGAUAAAACAUCGUCAAAAAGAAAAAAGCAAAUUGACAAUUAAAGAUAUAAUUAUCUUUAAGAAAGAAGAGCUAAUUCCGAGCUUAGAUAAGCCUCUAUUUACUAAUCUAUUAAUACUAGACAUGAGUUGAUGAAAAAGAAAAGGCAGUCUGAGCUUGCUUCAAAAAGUAGAGAAGCUGAUAAGAGGUUAGAAAAAAUAGAAAUGGAAGAGGAAGAAAGAGUAAGGUAAAUGCAAGAAGAGCUAGAAAAACGAUAGGAGUCUGCUUAGCAAAAGACUUAGUAAUUACAACAUUUAAAGUAGCAAAAAAGAAAACAAGAGCAUCAGAAUAUGCUUUUGAAAGAGUAAUAUGCAGAAUAAGUUAGACAAUAAAAAAUUUAAUAAGAUCUUAUGAAAUUGCAAAUAAAAUCCUAGAUAAAGCAAGAGAGUGCUAGGGAGAAUAUUGAUAGAAUCUAAACUCUCAAAACAAAGAAACUAUAAAAUAUAAGAUAAAAAAUAAGUAUGGAUGAUGAAAAGUAUAAUUAACUUUUGCUUGAAAAAGAAGAACUUUAAAGAAUCAAGGAAAAUAUUUAGAGAUCUCUAGAUAAAUAAAAAUAAUCAGCUAAUUAUUAAUAUAAAAAAGCUUUACGAGCAUUCAGACGUAAAGAUACUCUAGGUUUAGAAAAAAGUCUUUAAGAAAAUUCAGUUUGUAACAUAACAUCGUAUGAAGGAUUUGAUGAAGACUCGAAUUUUUAUGAUAAUUAAACAACAAAAAAUGCUAAUUUUUCAUAGGAAUCAUCUGGAUUCAGUAAAGCUAAAUAAAAUCGCAGUAUAUAUAAUUCUAAUGACACUCAGAGCAUCUAAAAUAACUAACUACCUAUUUCGACAACUAAUAAAAAAAAUAAAACAAUAGGUUUUUGCUAAACAUAGUAUAAUAGUCCUAAAAGUAACUAAAUCUAAAAAAGCUAGAAUAAAUAAGUUUAUGAUUUUUAUAACGAAGAUAGCUGCAAAACAUAAAAUAAGACAAUUUAAGUAAACAGUUGUUAAAAUUAAAAUCAAUCACCAUCUCAGACUUUAGAUAGUAAAUAAGAACAAUCUAAAAAUAAAAAUUAAUUAUUCAUUAAUCGCUAAAGCUAAAAUCAAUCACCAAUACCUGAUAAAUAUAGAUUAAAUCCUCUUUCUAACGAGUCUUUAACAGUCUAGACAAGAUUUAAUAAAAUUUAUAAAAGUAAUCAAAAUAGUCCAAGAAAAAACGAUGAACAAAUAGAUUUAAUAAACAAAUAAGCACCUUACUUUUAAAGAAAGAAUAAGAGACUGUAGAAUUAAAAAUAAGGAAGUCCUGAUUCAUUUUAAUAAAAUAUUUUUUCUAACACACCUAAAGUGUCUGUGCUCCAGCAAAAAAGAGCAGAAGGUGAUAUCUCAACCCAUUCUAAAAUUAUAAAACUAGAUAAAUUGAAGUAAUUUGAAGGGUAUCUAAACCAAAGCAAUUAAAAUUUUUAGCCUUUAAAAAACACAGAAGAAAAAAAUCACAAAUCAAUUAAAACAGAAACUACGAUAGAAGUUAGUGAAAAUGACUAUAGUUAAGCUUAAAUCUAAGGAAGAAACACAGGAAGUAAUACAAAAAGAGCUAGUAAUAGAUAUAAAGAAAACGAUGAUAAGUAAAGUAAAAGAAGUGGAGAGAGGUGUAAUUAAGAAAAAUAUGAAAGUAUUGUUAUUUCAAACUACACAAUUAAUAAAUAAUAAAAUUUUUAGGAUAAUUCUAAUAAAAUUGAUAAAUCAAAAUCAUCUAUUGAUACUGACAAACAAUUCAAUCAAACUUAAUAUAAAUAAAAUACACAGGUGGAUUAACAAAAUAGAAAUUUGCUUAAUCCAGAAAGAGUUGAUGAUGAACCUACUGUUAAGUAAUCUAUUUAGUAUGAUAUUUAUAAUGGUAAUGGCAAAUAAAAAAUUGAUCCGAAGAAAAAUAAAAACUUAAAAGAUGAAAAGACUGACAUGCAAUUCUAAGAAACACAAUUCAGUUAAAAUUUUGGAAACAUUAAAUCUAAUUCAAACUAUUCAAGAAGAGAAAGUUAAUAAUAUAAUAUAAAACAAUCCCAGAAUUCUUUAAAUCUAAUGCAGGAAAAUAAUAUCCCUUAAUAUGUAAUUUUGGCAGAUUAAAAUUCUCCAGAUAAAUAAGAGCCAUCACAAAAAGUAUAAAGCAAUGUGAAUGAAAGAUAGUAGAAUUCUGAACCAAAAAAAGAUAAAAUUUAAAAUAAUGAAAGUUAAAAUAAACAUUGA